AUGUUUGAAGGGUUUGGACAAAAUAAGAAGCGUAAAACAACGAAGUUAGCUACAGAGCAGUCAUUGGCACAACAACCAUGGGUUGAAAAGUAUAGACCCAAGAACUUAGAUGAAGUGACAGCUCAAGAUCAUGCAGUCACCGUCUUGAAAAAGACACUACAAUCAGCCAAUUUACCUCAUAUGCUGUUUUAUGGCCCUCCAGGGACUGGUAAGACAUCUACCAUUUUAGCAUUGACCAAAGAAUUGUAUGGUCCAGAAUUAAUGAAAUCAAGGAUUUUGGAGUUGAAUGCUUCUGACGAACGUGGUAUAUCUAUUGUUAGAGAAAAAGUGAAGAAUUUCGCAAGAUUAACGGUGUCUAAACCUAGCAAACAUGACCUGGAGAACUAUCCAUGUCCUCCAUAUAAGAUUAUCAUUCUUGAUGAAGCAGAUUCAAUGACCGCAGAUGCACAAAGUGCUUUGCGUAGAACAAUGGAAACUUACUCAGGCGUAACGAGAUUCUGUAUGAUUUGUAAUUAUGUGACAAGAAUCAUCGACCCAUUAGCAUCCCGUUGUUCAAAAUUCAGAUUUAAAGCUCUAGAUGCCAAUAAUGCUAUUGAUCGAUUGAAAUAUAUUAGCGAACAAGAGAACGUCAAAUGCGACGAUGGUGUUUUGACAAAAAUCUUGGAUAUCUCUGCGGGAGAUUUGAGAAGAGGCAUUACGUUACUGCAGUCCGCUUCGAAGAGAGCACAAUACUUAGGUGACGGUAAAAAUAUAACAUCGAUUCAAGUAGAAGAAUUGGCUGGUGUGGUACCUCAUGAUGUUUUGGUGGAAAUUGUCGACAAAGUCAAGAGUGGUGAUUUCGACGAAAUUAAUAGAUAUGUGAACAUAUUCAUGAAAAGCGGUUGGUCAGGUGCAUCGGUGGUGAAUCAGCUACACGAAUACUACAUUACCAACGAUAGCUUCGAUACUAACUUUAAGAACCAAAUAUCUUGGUUACUGUUCACUACGGAUUCGAAGUUGAAUAAUGGUACCAAUGAGCAUAUUCAAUUACUGAACUUAUUAGUCAAGAUAUCUCAGCUGUAA